AUGCGUUCUUCAAAGGAUGGUGCAACUAUCUCCAACGUCUCUGUGGAAGAGCACUUUAGCGUCUCUCAGUCUACUUCUAGUGGACAGUUUGUAGGCUCUACAGAGCAAUUUUCCACGGCAGCUGAAGCACUUGUAGGAAGAUCGACGACCUUAACGGAGGCUCUAAAAGCAGCGGCUAUAAAUGUUGGCCACAAACCGGUGGAAACAACCGACGUGGCUGCGAUAAAAGAGGUGGAAACAAGGGCUACCGGAGGCGAAGGCGGUGGUGGUGUAACGACGGUGGCGAAGGCGGCGGUUGCUCGAAACGAGAGAACAGAGAAGAAAGAUGAGAAGACGAAACUCCGAGACGUCAUGGCGGAGAUUGAUGUAAAGGUAACGAGAGACAGGGCAGUGACAAGGGAAGACGCAGAAGCAGCUGUUCAGGCUGAGCUUAAUCACUCUCCUUUCAAGCAUAUUAUCCCUGGAGGUGUUGCUGAAUCCGUAUCUGCAGCUUAUAAACUCAAUCGCAGUCCUUCUAUGAGUUCCCUCUGA